AUGGAUUGGUUAACGACUGUUGACGAACAUUGGCUUCAUUCAUCUCCGUGGUUAGAAAAGAAAUCAUCGCCGCUUACAUCUUUCGACGUUAGCUAUCGUGACUACAUAUAUCCGAGCACUGAUCGUCUGACAUCACCUCGUGUAUUUGCCAAUAUGCCAGACAGAUCCGAUUAUUAUUCAGAUACAUCAUAUUAUUCGAAACCAGUGAGGAGAAAGACAUUUAAUCGCGAUUAUGAGACGUUGGGUUGUAUAGGUGUCGGUGGUUUUGGCCGUGCAUAUGAAGGAAGACGAAGAUUUGAUAAUGCAGCAGUUGUUAUCAAAUUUCUACCCAAAACAAGUAUUCUCAACUGGGGAACAUUCGAAGGAAAACGUGUACCAUAUGAAAUUGAAAUAUUGUGGAGAUUACGAGGUGUACCAGGCGUAAUAAAAAUAUUAGAACAUUUUGAAGAGAAAGAUCGUUUUAUAUUUAUAAUGGAAAAAAUACCGGCUAGUGUCACAAUUUUUGAAUAUGUCAUGGAAAAUGGAUCAUUGGCAAGUACUGAACUAUUAAGACAUAUCAUACUCGAAAUAAUACGUAUUAAUAUCACACUGAAAAUGUAUGGUGUAUGGCACAGAGAUUGUAAACCAGAAAAUAUUCUCUAUUGUAUGAAUGAUAGAUCAUUAUGUUUUAUCGACUUUGGAUCAGCAGCACCGAUGCAGUCAGGCGACUUUGGAGAAUUUCAGGGCACUUUGGAAAUUAUGGUUCCAGAAUGGAUAACUCAACGCCGUUAUAGUGGCGAAGCAGCAUGUGUUUGGACAAUUGGCAUCUGUUUAUAUUUUUUAUUAUUUCAACAAUAUCCUUUCCGUUCUAAAGUUGAAAUAAUGAAUGGUCGAAAUUGGUUAUCGUUUGUUACUAGUACAGAUAAACAGGCUAUGCAUACACUAAAACAAUGUUUAAGUUUUAAUGAAAAUCGUCGUCCUCGUUUAUCAGAAUUAUCGCGUCAAUCAUGGCUAGCGAAUUUAUAA